AAAUUUCAUACAAUCUCAACCAUCAUAUAAAAAGGUUGAGUGUUUUCUAACCAUGUAUGGGGGUGGGGUGGGGUUGAGGUUUACAUAGAUGUCUGCAUGACUUCUUCUCGGGUCGGUAAAAGCGUACUGUAGCUAUGUAAAAGGGGUAACAUUUUCUAUAGAAGGUAAAUUAAAGGGUUACCUUUUCUGUCAAAAAUGGUAAAUAAAAGGCCGAGCGUUUAGACCAAGGGACGGAGCCUCCCCAUAGUCCUCCCCAUCGUACCUCUCCGGGGGGAAACGUUGGUUGGCUGUGACCAGCGGUAUUCCAAGAAAAUUCAACAUGGCUUCCUUCUGUGAAAAUGGCGGGUAACACAAAUAUUCUAUUUUGUUUCAGUUAUUACCUGCAACUGUGGUAAUGUACACUCUUGUAAAUCGAGAUGAAGGUAGUUCAGUGUAUAAUUUUGUCAAAGAAUUGUUGUUAACUGCAUCAUCGGCGAACAAACAGUGGAGCCAAGCCCAUCAAGAUUACGAGCGAUUCAACUUGAUGCUCGGUGAGAGAAAACCAAAGGGUUUCGACUACACAAGAAUAGGUAAGCUUGAUUAUCGAUGUGUCCUGGGAGGCGGGAAUUCGAGAUCAGCAGUUGAUAUGGAGGAGGAAUAUUCUGGACAUUUUGGACAGUAUGAGGAAGGAAAUGAAAUGUUCUUCACUGAGUUCUCUAGGUACCUUGAAGGGACAUACCAUGUGUCCCUAGCAACAGACAUUUUACCUCAGAUUAACACUAUUGUCAAGAAAUGCCUGCUUGGACUCAAAGAGGAAUUGACGACAGAAGGUCUUGGAUAUUACAGUUUUCAGCUGUUUGGAUUUGAUUUCAUGAUCGAUGCUCAGUUCCAUGUGUGGCUGCUGGAAGUUAAUGGUGCCCCGGCUUGUGCAAAAGCACUGCUACCAGACCUGGCUCAAGAUCUUGUGCAGAAAGCCAUUGAGCCAAUCUUUCCUACAACUGACAGCACGGAGCCUUGUGACAGCUGUGAAUCAGGCGACAAAAAGCAAGACACUUGUAAAGGAUUUUUUAAGAUCAUUUAAUUGAAAUCAUUUGAAUGAUAACAUUGAAAUAACAAUGACAAAUGGCAUCUCGCCUGUAAAAAUUAUUUUAUAUUGUUUUAAAGUAUUUAUCUCUGCGUUUAUUCAUGACUUUCACUUGUGAAAAUAGAACACAUGAUUAGCUGAGAGUAAUUAAAGUGAUCAACCUUUCCUGUCAGUACUUAUGAUUUACAAUCAGUGUAAUACAAUGUGCAAAAAAGGACAAGUAAAGGAAUGAUGUGUGUAAAUACCAAGCAGGAA